GCAAAAUACUGUAAUUCAGUUCUGUGCAAGCCAAAUAUAAGAUGUGUACUGGCCACCAGUUUGAGACUUCUAGUCCUUGCACGGGAUUUCUUGGCCCAUUGGUGCUUACUACAAUUCUUUUCCUUUCUCUUCUGUGUGUGUGUGUGUGUGUGUGUGUGUGUGUAGCUGGGGAUUGAACCCAGGGCUUUGGGCGUGAUAGACAAACAGGAAGCUAUACUGUUUAGUACAGCUAGUAUAGCAUCUAGUGUAGCAUUUUGUAUGUGGUAGACAAUGCUGCUACUCUAUUUUGGAGAAAAUAGUUUUUUUUCUUUUUUAGUGUUUAGUUUAAUUACACAAACGUGAAAGCAAAUCUAUCGCCACUAUGAACAGAAAAAUACUCCCUUUGGAGCUCUCUUCUGCGAUUCUUUAAGGUAGUAAAACUGGUGCUAGUAUGAAGCUGAGGCUUCUGGAUGGUAACUGUGGAAAGAUUUCCUGAUGUGCUGCAGAACUGGCUAAAUAAUCUAAUUACAGUGCUAUCCGAUCCCUCUCUUGCCCCACUGAAAGCCGCUUAGCAUUAGCGCAGCGUUAGGGGAUUUUUGCUGAUGUCACUUUGUGCGGUUGAGUCCCACACUGUAGGUUGGCUGGGAAGGAAAUCAGUUGAUAAGUGUGCACACACAGGGGAACGCACCGUGCCUUGGGGAAAAUGUUUUAAGAGAAAGGUCAUUGUGUUGCAUAUGUGAAUUAUUUGAUUUUUAAAACUCUCUUUCUAAACAGGCUUACAAAGGACGCAAACCCUUCUUCUACUGGCAGCUUUUUUCUAGUUUCUUCUACCAAUCAAAACAUCUCAAAAUGGAGGCCUAAAGCCCUAAAAAGGGUCAGUCUAAUCUUGGGAGGUAGUUUUGUGCAUGAAAAACAAAUUAAUAGUUAAUUGGACUUCUUGGUGUAAUGUCCAAAGAAUGUUAAUUUUUAAAUAUAAUCUAAUUAUUGAGAUUAAACUAUAAUGAUUUUGAUUUUAAAUUUGAUUUGUGGAAGUAAAGAAGCAGCUAUUUUGGAGGUAUAUUGUUAAAGCGCUUUUUUCACAGUUGGCUAGGCAGUCUCCCAUGGGCUUCUCUGUAGAGGUAAAAAAAGAAAGUACCUGCAUUUGGUAAAGACUUAAAAAUGAGUGAUAGUUAUCUAGCACAGAGAGCUAAUCAACCUUCUUCAAGAUUAGAGAAAUAUUCAAGUGAAGCCUUUGAUAUAUUAAAGGAUUUCUGCAAUGACAAAAAGCGUCAAGACCAAAACUUUUUGAUAAACAGCACAAAUUUAGAGAAAGUGCAAAAGAGAAACAUGAUUAGUGAAGAGAGUAUCCGCUGUGUAAAAGGCCACUGAUAUUUUAAAAGUUUAAAAUUUAUUUUGUUUGAAUAGGACUGUUAUCUUGGGAGGAGGAGCCUGAGAGCCAAUGGUUCAGUGGUUACAUUUUGGGAACCGAACAAAGAACAAACGUAUGCAGAAAUAAAAUUUAUCUAAGAAACACUUUGUAACAACCUACAGAAGUCUUUCCUGUGGAAGAGAGUAAUAAAGUCAGGGCACAGUAACUUACGGGGAGGGAAGUGAUGAUUGCCAGCCGGCUGUGCUGUUUCUCCUGCUACCUGGAGACCAGGUGUUGCCGUCAGCACCAUGGUGGCACAUCCUGGUAGGAAAAGCAGCAGGACUUGUUCACUGGUCACUGCUAGAGCAGUGGUGGGACACAGCCUCCCGUCAUGAACGGGCGCUAGCUGUGUGAGUCAGACACCUCACCUGCAGGCUGAGUGAAGCGGGCGGAGGCGUCGCAGUGACCGGGAGAAGCUGACCUGCCCCUUACGUGUCCAACACGAACGGCACACCGAUGACCUCAAACACGUUAUGCUUCCAGGCAGCACUGUAGUCUUCAGCACGGGCUAUUGCGUAGCAUCAAAUACACCCUGUGUGUAUAAAGAGCGUGCAAAGGUGCCGUUGGACGUGAUUGUCCCUUAAGAUGUAACCGUGUGGGAUUUAGAAUCCCACCAAGCUGGAACCCGAAAGGCACAGAAGAAAUUAGAGUUCUCAUUUCUGAUAGUCAGCCUAAUAGUCAAACUGAUUACACCGAAAGCCAUGCACAAAACUACCUCCCCAGAGAAAGACUGGCCCCUUUCCCUCCCCGUCCACUUCGUUAUGAAUAUAGUAGAAAAUAGCAUCUUCUUGUCCAACUUGAUGAAGAGCGCCAGCGUGUUUGAACUGAAGUACGACGUCUCCUGUGAGCUGUACCGAAUGUCCACGUACUCCGCGUUCCCUGCUGGGGUUCCUGUCUCGGAGAGGAGCCUCGCUCGCGCCGGUUUCUACUACACCGGCGUGAACGACAAAGUCAGAUGCUUCUGUUGCGGCCUGAUGCUGGACAACUGGAAACAGGGAGACAGUCCGGUGGAGAAGCAUAAGAAGUUGUAUCCCAGCUGCAGCUUUGUGCAGAGUUUAACUUCGGCCACCACGCCGGAAGCUGCCCCUCAGCCUUCCUUUUCUUCUGCAGUAGCAACUCCCACACACUCGUUACCGCCAGGUUCGGAACACAGUGGCUAUUUCAGUGGCUCGUAUUCAAGCUUUCCAUCAAGUCCUGUGAACUUCAGAGCCAAUCAAGAUUUCUCCGCCUUGAGGACAAGUCCCUAUCACUGCGCGAUGAGUACGGAAAAAGCCAGACUGCUCACGUACCAAACGUGGCCUUUGACUUUUCUCUCACCGACAGAUCUGGCCAAAGCAGGCUUUUACUACAUAGGGCCUGGAGACAGAGUGGCCUGCUUUGCCUGCGGUGGGAAGCUGAGCAACUGGGAACCGAAGGAUGACGCCAUGGCAGAACACCUGAGACAUUUCCCCAACUGCCCUUUCUUAGAAAAUCAGCUUCAAAAUACUUCGAGGUACGCUGUUUCCAAUCUAAGCAUGCAGACACACGCAGCCCGCUUCAGAACGUUCUCCAACUGGCCUUCAAGUGUCCUGGUCCAUCCCGAGCAGCUUGCAAGUGCGGGUUUUUAUUAUGUGGGGCACAGUGAUGAUGUCAAGUGCUUUUGCUGUGACGGUGGACUGAGGUGUUGGGAGUUGGGAGAUGAUCCCUGGGUAGAGCAUGCCAAGUGGUUUCCAAGGUGUGAGUACUUGGUGAGAGUUAAAGGGCAGGAAUUCAUCAGUCAGGUUCAAGCCAGUUACCCACAUCUGCUUGAACAGCUGUUGUCCACCUCAGACACCCCAGAAGAUGAAAAUGCAGAGUCACCAAUUGUCCAUUUUGGACCUGGAGAGAGCCCAUCAGAAGAUGCCGUCAUGAUGAACACCGCUGAGGUUAAAGCUGCCCUAGAGAUGGGCUUCAGUAGACGCCUGGUAAAGCAGACGGUUCAGAGCAAAAUCCUAAGCACCGGAGACAAUUAUAAAACCAUCAGCGACCUUGUGUUAGAUUUACUUAAUGCAGAAGAUGAAAUAAGGGAAGAGGCGAAAGAGAGAGCAAAUGAAGAAAAGGAAUCAGAAGAUCUAUCGUUGAUCCGGAAGAACAGAACGGCACUCUUUCAGCAUUUGACUUCUGUAAUUCCGAUACUGAACAGUCUACUACUUGCAAGGGUGAUUAAUGAACAAGAACAUGAUGUUAUCAAACAGGAAACACGGGUGUCUUUACAAGCAAGGGAACUAAUUGAUACUAUUUUAGUCAAAGGGAAUACCGCUGCCACUGUAUUCAAAACCUCUCUACAAGAAAUGGACCCAAAGUUAUACAAGCAUUUAUUUGUGCAACAGGACAUAAAAUAUAUUCUCACGGAAGAUAUUUCAGAUCUCCCAGUGGAAGAGCAGCUGAGGAGACUGCAAGAAGAAAGGACCUGCAAAGUGUGUAUGGACAGAGAAGUGUCCAUAGUGUUUAUUCCCUGUGGCCAUCUAGUAGUGUGCAGAGACUGUGCCCCGUCUUUGAGAAAGUGUCCUAUUUGUAGGAGUACAAUCAAGGGUACAGUUCGUACAUUUCUUUCAUGAAAAAGAACUUUUCCUGACCUCUAGAAUUAAUGGAUGAAGUGUAUUCCAUUUUUUAACUUUUAUAGUGAUUUGGUUUCCUUAAAAACUUUUAUUUAUUUAUAACUUGGAAA